UUCUCAACUUCCCUCUCAAAAGCUUAACAGUUAUCUUCUUCUCUCACACUCCAACAAACAAACAAACUUCCCCGGCCGUCGCCGCCGCCGGAGACGAUGACGACGACGACGACGACGAUGAUCAAUAGAUCAUCUCUCAUUCCAAUCCUCAUUCAUCUUCUCCUUCUGUUCACCUCAAUCCAAUCUCUCACUGACUUUGAUAUCCUUUUGAAGCUUAAAGCAUCCAUGGUGAGCCAAUCAGGCGACGGACUCCACGACUGGCAGCCAAGCCUCACUCAAUCAUCAUCAUCUGCACAUUGUUCAUUCUCCGGCGUCACUUGUGAUGAUGAAUUUAGAGUCAUAUCCAUCAGCAUCUCAAACGCGAGCUUAUUCGGAAAACUUCCUCCUGACAUAGGUCUUCUAAAUCGUCUAGUGAACCUAACACUCGUCGGCGAUAAUCUCUCAGGUACGCUUCCAUCGGAGAUGGCGAAUAUGACAUCCAUUCGUUUCAUCAACAUCUCUGCUAACUCAUUCCAUGGCGAGUUUCCUGGGAGAAUAUUACUCGGCAUGAAGGAACUUCAAUCUCUAGAUGUUUACAAUAACAAUUUCCACGGUGAUCUUCCUCUUGAAGUUGCGGAACUGGAGAAUCUCAGAGUUCUUCAACUUGGAGGUAACUUUUUCAGCGGUACGAUUCCUGAGGUUUAUUCUGAUAUUAAGAGUUUGGAGAGCUUAGGAUUACAAGGGAAUGAACUUUACGGGAUAAUUCCCGCGAGUUUGUCUAGGUUAUCGAAUCUUCAACAUCUUUGUUUAGGUUAUUAUAACAAAUUCGAGGGAGAAAUUCCAUCGGAAUUUGGUUCAUUAACCUCGCUUCGGAUUCUGGAUCUCGGCGGUUCUAAUCUCUCCGGCGAAAUUCCACCUACGCUAGGUAAAUUGAAAAUGCUACAUACACUUUUUCUUCAAGUGAACAAUAUUACUGGCACGAUUCCGUCUGAACUAUCUGAAUUAGUGAGUCUUAAAUCGCUAGAUCUUUCAUUCAACAACCUCACCGGUGAAAUACCGGAGAGUUUUGUUCUGCUCAAGAACUUAACUCUUCUUAAUCUCUUCUGUAAUCAUCUUAGCGGUCAGAUUCCACAGUUUAUCAGUGAUCUUCCGAAUUUGGAAGUAUUGUUGAUAUGGCAGAAUAAUUUCACAUUCGUUUUACCGGAGAAUCUAGGCCAGAAUGGAAGGUUGCUUGAAGUUGACGCCUCUUUGAAUCAUCUCACAGGUUCCAUUCCUCCUAACUUGUGUAAAGGAGGUAGGUUGAAAAUCCUUAUUCUAAUGGAGAAUUACUUCAUCGGUCCGAUUCCUGAACAACUCGGUGAAUGUAAAUCGUUGUUACGCGUCCGUAUUUCGAAGAACUUCUUCAAUGGAACUAUACCUUCCGGUUUCUUCAGCAUGCCAUUACUGAACAUUCUCGAGGCUAACGAGAACUUAUUCACCGGCGAGCUUCCGAAAGAGAUGGACGGGAGUCCGGUGAACGAAAUCAUGUUAUCGAACAAUCGCAUCACCGGAAUAAUCCCUCCGGCGAUCGGAAAUCUGAAAGAACUAACCACUCUUUCUCUCGAUUCAAACCAAUUCUCUGGCGAAGUACCUGAGGAAAUUCAGACUUUGAGCAAGAUUUCAAAGAUUAAUCUCAGUGACAAUCGGUUAACCGGCAAGAUUCCGUCAUCAAUUUCACAGUGCAAGUCUCUGACCUCCAUCGACUUUAGCCGGAAUCAUCUCUCAGGUUACAUUCCGGUGAAGCUUACUACCUUGCCGGUAUUAGGUACUCUCAAUUUAUCUUCAAAUCAACUCACCGGACCAAUUCCAGACGAAAUGGCUUCCAUGGAUAGCCUCACGAAACUCGACCUCUCAUAUAAUGAUCUCAUCGGAAAAAUCCCAAUCACCGGUCAGUUUCUAGCCUUCAAUCGGAGCUCCUUUGCCGGAAACCCAAAGCUAUGUUGGGGUCGGAAUCGAACAUGCCAUGAGUACUCACUCCAUGAUCAUUCAUCUUCAUUCAGCACAACCAAGCUGAUUAUAACCAUCAUUUCAGUAAUCACAAGCGUUUUACUUCUCGGAGUUACAUACAUCCGUAUCAGAAGGAAGAGGCUUGAGAAAUCAAAGGCAUGGAAGCUAACAACAUUCCAACGAUUAGAUUUCAAGGCGGAGGAUGUUCUCGACUCCCUGAAAGAAGAAAACAUCAUAGGAAAAGGCGGAGCUGGAGUGGUUUAUCGCGGUUCAAUGCCGAACGGGGAUGAUGUUGCAAUCAAACACCUGCAAAGCCGAGGUGGCGGAGGCGACCAUGGAUUCUCGGCGGAGAUUCAGACGCUGGGAAGAAUUCGGCAUAGGAAUAUCGUGAGGCUGCUUGGAUACGUAUCGAAUAAGGAUACCAAUCUUCUGUUAUAUGAGUACAUGCCGAAUGGUAGCUUGGGAGAGAUUCUUCAUGGAACGAAAGGAGCUAGGUUGCAAUGGGAGACGAGAUAUCGAAUUGCUGUUGAAUCCGCCAAGGGUUUGUGUUAUCUUCACCAUGAUUGCUCACCUUUAAUCAUCCAUAGAGAUGUGAAAUCGAACAAUAUAUUACUUGAUUCCGAUUACGAAGCUCAUGUUGCUGAUUUCGGUCUCGCCAAGUUCUUACUCGACGCCGGAGCUUCUGAAUGCAUGUCUUCUGUUGCCGGCUCGUAUGGCUAUAUCGCCCCAGAGUACGCAUACACACUUAAAGUGGACGAGAAGAGCGAUGUGUAUAGUUUCGGAGUGGUGCUGCUAGAGCUGAUAUGCGGAAAGAAACCGGUUGGGGAAUUUGGAGAAGGAGUGGACAUAGUGAGAUGGGUUAGAAAGACGAUAUCGGAGAUUCCAUCGAACAACUAUGAAGGUUCCUCUGUUCUUGCCGUGAUUGAUCAAAGGCUGAAAGAAUACCAGUUGACGAGCGUGAGAAACUUGUUCAGGAUUGCGAUGAUGUGUGUUGAAGAUGAGAGCACAAUGAGGCCUACAAUGAGGGAAGUUGUUCAUAUGAUCACUAAUCCUCCUUUAACUCCUUGUCUAAUCUGAUUUGGUUGCGCUUUCAUUAUCUAAUUAUGGAUGGAUUGGAUUAGAUUAGAUUUGAAUUAUGAAAGGUUGAAUAAAUUAAUAAGUAAACCGCCAAAGGGUUCUUGAUCAUGUCUUGAUCAAGAGGCGGAUUGAUCAAAACCUUAAUUAUGUUGUGUGUUUUUAUGUAUAUAUAUUAAUAUGUAUAUGUUUUGCUGAAUUGCUUAAGUAUUGAA